AUGUGCCCAAGUUGUAGCGAUGACAGCCGCUUGGUCAAGGUCGUGGAUGCAUUGAACGACACCGAAGCGCAGCGCUACGAAUUGGCCAUGCCGGCGUGCAGCUUUGAUCCAGAGACGCAAAAACUGGCUCUGGUGGUUGUACCAAGGCUGGAGAACACCACGUCUAGUGAGAAGGCCCAUAUCCUGGAGGUGGACCUCCAGCAAGAAACUGUGCGCUGGAACGCCUCCAGUCACUUCCAAGACGCCCUGGCGUUGGAGAACUGCCGCCCGAUGCCAGAGGGGGACACCGUGCAACCGCGAGGUUUGACGACUCUCCUGGCGGAGGCUGACGAAGGUGAAUUUGUCCUGGCUGAGCCAGCAGCAUUGGUGCAAUUAGAUGGACAGGAUUCUCUGCAGCAGUUCCUUACGAAGCACGGCUUCGACGACGUCAAGCACCCACGACAGUUGGGAAAGUUGACAGCACGGGUGAAGAUGCAGUGCGUCUAUCCUAUCCACGUCGCAGCAGAUAUAGGCGACGACGAGGCCUUAAGGAUGUUGCUGGAAGAGGGCGCGGACCCCGAAGAAGGCGAUGACCAGGGCAGAACGGCGAUGGACAUCGCGCAGGAGGCCAAUGUGGAUGGCUCCCACGUGCACGUCCUGGGUCUUCUGCAACGGGCGAUCCAAGUCAACAUGGCCAGCUUUUAG